AUCGCGCUCUGAGUGGGACUCUAUGGUGGGCGCUGCUGGUCUGUGCGGCUCCGCGACCGUAAAAUCGUGUUUCUGUAAUAAAGCAGCUUCGUUUCGGCUCCGCUCCUCCGCUCCGUCGCAGCGGGGCGGCUUUACAACCGACAGCAGCAAAAAAAACCCGAAACUGGAGCGAAACGGCGGAAGAGUGAGAUGAAAUGACAACGUCAACACUGCAGAAAGCGAUCGAUCUCGUCACCAAAGCCACAGAGGAGGACAAGGCGAAGAACUAUGAGGAGGCUCUGCGGCUCUACCAGCACGCUGUGGAGUAUUUCCUCCACGCCAUAAAGUACGAGGCUCACAGUGACAAGGCUAAAGAGAGCAUCCGGGGGAAAUGUAUGCAGUACCUGGACCGGGCGGAGAAGCUGAAGGAGUACCUGAAGAACAAAGAGAAGCAGGGCAAGAAACCCGUGAAGGAGGCGCAGAGCAAUGACAAGAGCGACAGCGACAGCGAGGGGGAGAACCCGGAGAAGAAGAAGCUGCAGGAGCAUCUGAUGGGUGCUAUUGUUAUGGAGAAGCCCAACGUCAGCUGGAAUGAUGUAGCCGGGCUAGAGGGCGCUAAAGAGGCGCUGAAGGAAGCUGUGAUUCUGCCCAUCAAAUUCCCUCACCUCUUCACAGGUAAGCGAACUCCAUGGAGAGGAAUUCUGCUGUUUGGUCCUCCUGGGACGGGAAAGUCGUACCUGGCCAAAGCCGUCGCCACCGAGGCUAACAACUCCACCUUCUUCUCCGUCUCCUCCUCAGACCUCAUGUCCAAGUGGCUCGGAGAGAGUGAGAAGUUGGUGAGGAACCUUUUUGAACUUGCUCGUCUCCGUAAGCCCUCCAUCAUCUUCAUCGAUGAAGUGGACUCUCUGUGCGGCUCGCGGAGUGAGAAUGAGAGUGAGGCGGCCCGCAGGAUCAAAACAGAGUUUCUGGUGCAGAUGCAAGGUGUUGGGAAUAAUAACGAUAAAAUCCUCGUACUGGGUGCUACUAACAUCCCCUGGGUUCUGGACGCUGCUAUACGGAGAAGGUUUGAGAAGAGGAUCUAUAUCCCUCUCCCGGACGAGCCGGCGCGGGCGGCCAUGUUCCGGCUGCACCUGGGGAACACCCCCCACAGCCUGACCGACGCUGACCUCCGGCAGCUCGCACGAAAAACCGACGGCUACUCCGGCGCUGACAUCAGCAUCAUCGUCAGAGACGCUCUGAUGCAGCCCGUCCGCAAAGUACAGUCAGCUACGCACUUCAAGAAGGUGCGAGGGCCGUCCCGCAGUAACCCCUCAGUGAUGGUGGAUGACCUGCUGACCCCCUGUUCCCCCGGCGACCCUGCUGCCAUAGAGAUGACCUGGAUGGAUGUUCCGGGUGACAAACUACUAGAGCCCAUAGUGUGCAUGGCGGAUAUGCUGCGCUCUCUGGCCACCACUCGGCCCACGGUGAACGCCGAAGACUUACUGAAGGUGAAGAAGUUCACAGAGGAUUUUGGGCAGGAGGGCUGAGGCUCCCUCAGCACAUUCUAUAAUGCUCUACCACUGCAGCAGCGCCCCCUGCAGACCAAACCUGGACUAUCAACCCCCUACCCGCCCUAGCCAACACUACACUACACUACACACCUGGUCACACCUGGACUACCUGUCGGAGGCAGAACUGUGAGGGUGAACUGAAGGAGCUCCUUUUAUUUCCCAGCGUUAGUUUGCUUUGAUCUUUCCACGUUUGAUUGACAGGACGGUGGCUGUGAUGAGUCUGUGAUUAUUGAAGGACAGGAGUGUGUGUGUGUGUGUGUGUGUGUGUGUAUUUAAAUGUGCAGCACUCCACAGGGUGACCCCCCCCCUCCUUAAUCUCAGUAUUAUAUUUAAUUUAUUCCUGACUGUAGCGGCUUCUUUACACCACAUCAUUACUCUGUAACUAACAGCCGUACCAGCCGUCGCUUAUCGUUAGAGUUCGCUGUCUUCUCUAUUUCAGUACACGGCCUCCAACUAUCCACAUCAGGAGGGAUCCACAGCCUGAGUACAUUAAUUUUAAUAUUAUUAAUAAUAAUAAUAAUACAGUUGCGAGGCUUUCUAGGUCAGCCUCAGACUAAAAGAGUAACGCCCUGUCGCGGAGUAUAAUUUCUGUUUUUGGUUGUCACUCUGGUCUCUGUGUACGUAGAGGUAAAGGUUCAGCUGGACAGUGAUGUCAGUCUCGGUCUCCAUGGAGACUGUACAGCUCUCUCCUGUUGCUAUGACUACCAAGUUUGCCUGAAUUAAUUAAAUCUGAAUUGUAAAAGAAAUGAAAA